AGAAAUAUCGCUGACGGGGAUCUGUUAUUAGCUUUUUCUAGUUGGGUAUUAAUUAAUUACCCUACGUGAAAGACUUGUCGUCGCAAGCAGGCUUCCAUUCCUUCAUAACAACUCUUCAUUCCAAAGGCAACAUCUUCUGCAAAAGCUGUUAUGGUAAAUGCUUUGGUCCGAAGGGAUACGGCUAUGGUGGGGGAGCUGGCACCCUCAGCAUGGACACUGGGAACAGGGGUGAAGUUCCUGACAUGAGACCUAAAGUUGGCCCUAUGCCAGUUUCAUCUGCAUAUGGCAGGAAAAAUUCCUGUCCACGUUGUGGUAAGGCUGUGUACGAAGCUGAAAAAAUAGUGUCUGGGGGACAGAGCUGGCACAAGCUUGGGUGUUUUACUUGCAAGGAUUGUAACAAGGGUUUGGAUUCAACGACGGUAAAAGACCAUGACAAAGAGAUCUACUGUGCUCCUUGCUAUGGAAAGAACUUUGGACCCAAGGGCUUUGGUUACGGACUUGGCGCCGGCGCUCUCACUCGUACUCAGUAGUUAGUAACUCACUAGUCUCCCUCGCACCCGUUUUUAGUGUCGGUCGUCACGCAACGCGUUGCGUGAUGACGACCGACACUAAAAACCGAUGCGAGGGAGACUAGUAACUCAUAGACAGAGCAGAAAAUGAUGUUUAAGCCUCAUUCUCUUUUUCUAAAAAGCUGAUGUUUUCUACUGCUAUCUAAUAAAUUAAACACUUUUUGUAAGAACCCCUUUUGAAAUAUCUCAUAUUGGAUUCUAAUAAAAAAGUUCAUUAGAUAAAUAA